AUGUCUUCAGCCAUGUUUGCUCCAUUCUUUUCUCUCAGAAAAGCCGUCAAACCUUAUAUCAGUCACCCAAUAUUUGUUUUUGGCGUCGUAUCUGCCUCACAAUGGUUGGACAAUAUCAAUGUAUCGAUAGUGACUAGUAUGGUGAUGCAAAUCCAGCAGAAAUACGAUGUGCCUUAUCCAGUAGCAACCUGGACCUUUUCGGCUUUCUCGCUCUGUUAUGCCAGUUUCAUCAUGAUUUUUGGAAGGAUAGGCGACAUCGUGGGACACCAUUAUAUGUACAUUGGAGGCAUGUUCUUUCUGGGUAUAUUCAACAUCAUAGCUGCUUCCGUGCAAAACAUAUAUGUGGUGAUCGUGUUUAGGGCACUGCAAGGUAUUGCUGCUUCUGCCACGAUACCGUCUUCCUAUGCCUUAGUUAGUAACCUUUUCACUGGAAGAGCGUCGCAUAUUGCAAUAUCAGUACUCACCAUACUCAUGACUACUUCAUUCGGAUUGGGAAGUGUUUUGGGUGGUGCAUUUGCGUUGACCUCCAUUGGAUACAGAGGUGCAUUCUAUCUUGUGGGUGGCAUAUCCCUUCUUGUUGCGUUUCUGGGUGCUCUAUGUGUUGAACCUGCUUCUGUGAAAGGAGAAAGUCUGAAAGAUCUGGACCAUAUUGGGGUUGUAAUAAUGCUUUCGGGAUCGUUAUUACUGGUCACUGGUCUGACAGAAGGAGGUGAUACUUGGAAAUCUCCAUCAGCUUACGUUCCUAUUAUAUUCGGAGUUCUUCUCUUAUUCCUCUUCUUUGCAUGGGAACUGCAUAUCAUGCGAAAGCUCAAAAGGUUCGACAGCGUGCAGUUGCUCAUACCUAUGGAAACAUGGGCCAUUCCAAACGUUGUUCCAAAUUUAUUGGUAAAUGGAAUAGGCUAUGCCAACAUAUUCUCCAUAAUGUUGUUGUCAGUGGAAGUUUUCGAAUAUGUUGCAUUGAAUUCUCCUGUGAUCGCAGGCCUCAAAGGUUUAACGAGUGCAGUUGGUCUAUUCGUUGCUUCAAUACUUGCCACUCUUACGUUUGGCAAAGUCCCACCAAAAUAUGUGGCUAUUAUUGCUACUACAGUAUACCUUGCUUCUUCCAUCGUCAUUUCAAGGUUGGGUUACUCAACAGAGUCUUGGUGGAGGUAUGGACUACCGGGCCUAGCGAUCAGUGGCUUAUGUCAAUGCUUCAUCACCUUCUUCCUAUUUAACUCGGUGAUUGUAUCAGCACCUCUUGAGAUAGAAGGGGUUGUUUCAGGAAUGGGAAUGACUUGCGUUCAGCUGUUUAUAGCUAUUUCCUCUGCUGGUACUUCCUCGAUUGUGGGCGAUGUUGAACUUGGUAUGACUCCCGAAAUCCAAAAGAGGAUAAUGGUAAAAUAUCGCCACGCCUUUUACUUCGUCAUUGCUGCAUCUGCUCUAAAUGUUGUGCUUAGUUUGUUUAUAAAGGAUAUGGGGCUUGGGUCUUUGAAGGAGAAAAGGGAAGGGAAACUCAUGGGGAGCGAUACUGAGGAUUCUUCAGAGAUGGAGGUGGAGGUUUCCAAACAUGUCUCGCACUCGUCAGACAGUGUUUGA